AUGCGCCGAAUAAAGAAGAAGAAGGGAAAUAGGGGGAUCCCCUUGGGUACAUUAUAUCUUAAACGCCUCGAUUCUCUCACAAAAGAAACCACAGGAUCGCAUUGUCUCCUCGUUGUUUCGCUCGUUUUUGAUUACCAGUACCAAAAACAACAUGAAACAAAGUUCAAAUUUUUUGACAGCUGGAGCUCAGUUGUAAUUUAUGAUCUACACAUUCCACUAGAACACAAAAACGAGGCAACAAGACGAAUUAUUAUCAGUGAGUUCAAUCAGAGCCGUUUCUCCAUUCAUCUUGCUCUUUUUCAAAACACCGGCAACAGCCACCGGGUUCUUUUACUCGGCGGCUCGUUUUUGGGAAAGAAAAACAUGACGCAUGGGAGAGACGAGAAGUGCAGAGACGUACCACGUCUUCGACAACACUGCGGGACAGUUGACGAGCUUCCAUUUCUGAAUUCUCAUGUGCUCAGAAGAUUUCUUAAUACAUUCGCAUUCCUGCGAUCCUCAAUUGAUGUCCGACCUGACCCAAAAGAUUCGGUGCAGUUUGUGAAACAGGAUUCACAGUAUCCAAUUGAACACAGACCACAACCAGAAGUUGUUUACCGCCAACACAACUCAUCUCUCAUCGUUCUUCUGGUUAUCAUCCCAUUGUCCGUUGGUGGAUUCGCAGUGUGUCUCAUCUUUUUGAACUAUCAUUGCAAGAUGUGCUGA